AUAUAAACAUAAAACGAAAAGCUAAAUUAGAAAAAUGUGACACAAUUAAUUAAAAAUCAACACAUUUCAACAACGAAAUUAAAGUGAAUCAAAACCCUCGAUAUUAGAGAACAGGAAUUGAUGAUAAAUAAAUUUUUAUGUUCAGUCUAAUGAAAUAAAAUUCGUCUGUUUUAGGACAUCGACGACGUUCAGGUUCAUUAUCCGGGAAUCAUGGAGGUGAUGAACGACCUUCAAGGGAUGGGGGAGAGUAACUGCGCCUGGAACCGGAGGUCGCUGCUGCACAGAGACGUCAUCUUGGCGGCAGCAGCGAUUUAUAAAGAGAUGUACGGGAACGAGGACGGCUCCGUCCCCGCCACCUUCGAGAUCCUCUACAUGAUCGGCUGGAAGCCUCACGAGUCCCAGGCCAAACCAGCGAAGCGAGGCUCGGCCACGGCGUCGUUUGGGGAUCUGUCAAAGAUCAGCCGGCCGACCGACACGAACGAGGCGUAGACGCGUCAGCUGACGCGCUGAGGAUUGUAAAUAAUCUAUGUUAUGAAACAGCUGUGUUAAAAGAAGCCGUAUGUGGAUAUUGUUGUCCAGAAUAAAGUUGAGCGAUGAAAACGG